UAUUGACAUUCACUGAACGCUUGCAUAGGAUUUCAGAGGAGUAGGCGUUUUCCAUAGCAGUGAUCACUACAGACAUUGCAUUUGAUACACAAUUUAAGUUGAAUUCAAUUGAAUUGGGUUUGCAUUGAGUGUUAAGUGAUGGCGAGUCAGACACAAGGCAUUCAACAACUAUUGACGGCCGAGAAGAGGGCGGCGGAGAAGGUCCAAGAGGCCCGCAAACGAAAGGCCCGGCGUCUGAAACAGGCCAAAGACGAGGCCAACCAUGAGAUCGACAAGUUUAAGGCCGAGAGGGAGAAGCAGUUCCGCGACUACGAGAGGCAACACAUGGGCUCCAGGGACGACAUUGCGGCCAAAAUAGAGGCGGAAACUCGUAUUAAGAUGGAUGUGAUGAAUAAGAGCGUCGGUUUGACUAAAGACAAAGUGAUUGAAGACCUGUUGGCUCGAGUGAUAUGUGAUGUGAAGCCACAGCUCCAUAAGAACCUGAGACUCGAAGAUCUCAAAUGAGUUAUCGUUUGAGUAGUAGUUGUAAUGCAAUGUAACUCACAUUCCCUUUGAUUUUAAUAUAAAUAUAUUACUCAAGAAGUGAAUUCAACUGAAAUGUUAAACACAUUUAUUCGUAUAAAACAUUUGAAAAGUCAUUACAAUAUUCAGUGUUUUUAAUUAUACUGUAAUUAUAUUUAGAAAUGAAUACAAAUUCAAUAAUUAUUAGAAAGCAAUUAUAAACUUAUUGAAGAGUUAUUGACAUCUCAUGUGACUGUUUACUGUUUAAUCCGAC